UGUUCGCGAGUUCCGCCGGCGUACCCGUUCGGACUUGUGCCCCAUGACGUCACUGGACCCCCUGGUCCCUAUCCUGUCCCCGUAACCUGUCCUCGCCUGCCAGAAGCUGCAGAACCUUGAACACGUUCCGUCUGCGAUCAGAAAUAUCGUCGCCAACAGGUGACACUUGAUGAUCACUCCAAAUUUGCUCUCACCUGUUGUGCCGUCUUUAAGGUUGUGAUCACGUGAUUUGUUACGUGUCUGACGACACGGACUUAUUGGGCAAACAGGAGAGUGACCAGUGUAUGUAUGCUUGGGAGUGACCAGAGAGUGAGCGCGACCGUGUUCCACCUGUAGCGUUCGGAUAUUUACCUAAGCGAGAACAAGUGCGGCGUCAGCUGUCGUCUGCAAUGUCGUCUGCUUUCCACUGCGACUUCAAUGAACUCCUCAAGAAGUAAGAAAGCAGUGGAAGGAUUACUUGUGGAUUACACUCAGGUUUUUAUGGGCUCCGGUGCCUGAAGCGGAACCUUCCCUGUACUGUGGAGGUAUGGGAUGGCCUCUCACCCGCUACGAAAGGCUAUGGCCCUCGGCGCCAACAUCCCCUCUGUUGUCCUGCCUGCUGUUGCUGUUCCUGACGGCGAACGUGCUGACGUACCAGGGCCCAAUGACGUCAGGUCUGACGCAGGGGGCGUGCAAACUUUCGGAACUGUCCUGCGACAACGGCCACUGCGUGUCACUGAGCAAGUUCUGCGAUGGCACGGACGACUGCGGUGACAAUUCUGACGAACCCAUCGGAUGUACUAAUUGCAACCGCACAUUCUUCGGCGAAAUCGGUAGCAAACAUCCAAUAAGGAUCGCGGAACCCUUCCAGAGGAAUUUGCCUUUCGUCUGCACUCUCUACUUCGUCGCUGCUGGAGGAGAAUUUGGGGACAUCGUCGAACUCACUUUCCUCAACUUCCAAGUGGGCUCCCUAGAAAUGGACAGAAACCAAUCGACGACCUGCUUCAAUGGAUACCUUCAAGUCGUCGAACCUGCUACAUCCAGCCCCAUCGCCCGAACGCCUCAAACACGUGGCUUCACGCAGAUCCUAUCAGCCGUUCGAGGCGAACCUGUGAACCCUCACCUUACAUCAUUCUACGACGGCAACGCAGGAGAACCCGAGUUCGGUCACUUCUGCGGUGACAUGGUCAACACAGGCGGUGGUGCCAUCUUCUUUUCCGAGCGCAACAACGUCACACUCGUUGUCUCAGUUCCAAGUCGGGCCGCCCUUCACGCUUACAGCUUCAGCUUAUACCUUACCUACAGGUUUCACCCGAAAAGGCCAUCGAAAACACGUUAUGGGACCUCAGACAGCCCGCAUGACCUCGGGACAGGUACUCCUGGAACCUACUGUGACCGUGUCUUCGAGAACUGUGACAGAAAGAAGUGUAAGAUACGAUCGCCGAACUUCCCUGGGUUUUACUUGAGGAACUUCACGUGCCGGUUCACGGUAAGGCAGAUCACUGCACCGCCUGGUAAGCAGGCGCAGAUAGUGUUGUACCAGGACAACGAGUACAAGAUCAACAUCUACACGGGAAGGAACACAGCGGGAGCGUUCUCGCAACGGUCUUUAAACGUUGACUGCCUAGGAGACGUAGUGUACAUAUAUGACGGUCCUGGAACGGCAAACACACCGUUGUUGACGGAGUUCUGUGGAACAGGGGUUCUUCAGGAGGUUGUGUCCAGUGGUCCAGAAGCAACUGUGAUCCUACGAAGCGCCCCUUCUCAACAACUUCAUCCUUCGCGGUUCGAACUUAACGUUGACGUUCGGUAUGUAGACGUCGAUGAGUUCCGUGUUGGUUCUGGUCGCUGUGCCUUCGAGGUGGACGGAAGAACAGUGAGAAGGGGUCUCAUCCACACGCCGGUGCAUACGGUCCCUCCAAACACGACAUGCAAGUACCACUUCAUCGGCAGGUCCCCUAGUGACAAGGUCUGGUUGUACUUCCUGUCUUACUUUAUAGAAGACAAGCGUCGUUGGGCGACAGAUGAAAAGUGUGACGUGUCCAGCUUAGAGAUAAUUGACGUGUAUGCCUCACCCGGUGUCAAGGCGACUACGAACUACAGCGAAACGACGUCGAACACGACAUCGGGAACCCUCCUUGAAGAUGCUAGGACUUACAAGUUUUGCGAGAAGACGUCACCGCGUAUCUGCGCGAGGGCGGCAGAGUACCCUCAGUACAUUCCUUUACGACCCUGCAGAGUUCCUGAGGAAUCUUACUUAUCAUCCGGCCCCGAAUUGAUUGUGCAGCAAAACUUCUACAAGACCACUGAACUUCCCGUUCGCCGGAGUAGUUUCGCGGCGAGGUACGAGUUCGUCGACACGGAACAGCAAGGAGCAGACAUGGGCCCAAACCAUGGACCGUGUCACCGUCAUUUUCAGAGCAGCGCAUCAAAGUUUGGGGUAGUGUCUUCGCCGAAAAAUGUCUUUAUGUAUGGUCGUGGUGGAAAAGAGAACGUGACGUGCUCCUACUAUUACUCCGGCAUGUCUUCCGAGAAGUUACGCAUCUACCUGGUAACCUUAAACCUCCCGACAGUCGGCUGCGAACAAUACUUCGAUGAAGUCACAGAACGCUACAACUGUCGCAUGACUGGACGACCAACUCCUCGCUUGUCCCUCUUACACGUCAUGGACCACUGGGGCGACAACUACACCCCGAUUGGAUGUUUCUGCAACGUAACGUCAACACCCCGGAAACCAAUUCUCAUUGAAUCCGUCGGCAACAAUGUGACGCUAACGUUUACCAUCAGUGGAAUGACAUCUUUAGAGGAUUUCAAUAACUACGGCUUCGAAGCGACGUACGAGUUCAGGCCGUCCACGUCGUGCGACAACGGUCUCGAGAGGAAGAACGGAUCAGAGGGCGAGCUGCUCUUCGUCGCACCAACAAGAGUGGCGGACCACGAACUGCCUUUACGGUGCCGCUGGUUUAUAGAGUCCUCUCCCAGAAAAUACCUCUACCUAAAAUUCCAAGGGCGAGACGGUUCACGUGGCUGUCCCAACUCAGGCAACCGCUUUGUCGUCUACGCGGACGGCAUCAUGCAGGCGGUCGCCGUGGUCUGCGCUGGACCUGCCCACGAAGAAACUUCCCUUUCGUCGUCUACCGACUUCGACAUCUUCUCAGCAUCGUGGUACAACGAAACCACCGAGCGCGAGCAUAGAACCCUCGCCGACAGAGUCGUGAUUGAAAUCGUCGCCUUCACCGGCGGACAAUUCAGACUCCGCUGGCUCGAGGUUACCAAACCUUUCCUCAAGACGUCUUCGGGCCUCACACUUCGUAACGUAAACUGCCUUUACGAGUGCCCUGAGCUCAGUGCGUGCAUUUCUCCCGAACUCUGGUGCGACGGCACUGUCCAUUGCCCAUCCGGCUACGACGAGCGACCGGAGCAUUGUAACAAGUUCCCAACGUUCUACGUGGCAAUCGGCGGCGGGGUAGGGUUCGUCCUGGUGUGUAUGCUUCUAGCCGCGGUGAUAGUAUGGUGUCGGCAGCGAGAAAAGACAAAGGAGUCUCGACAGGUCCCCACGGAUGACCUGCAGCUGGAGAGCCCCAACAGCUGACCCUGGCAUCCGAUUCUGGACCGUCCGGGGGAAGGUCCAGAAUUCCAGGAGACUCCCGUCGCUCCAAUGGAUGUGGUGAUGUCCCUCAUGUCUAGUGGAGGUCCUCUCCCGCGUAACGAUAUGUCGCCGCCACCUGCGUACACGGAUGACCCGUUGGCGGACGUCUAUGUUAUCAAGUCGAUGCGUUCUCCGUGUCUAUAGAGUGCAGUUCGUUCCUUGUGGUGCGGUGGUGGAAGACAAGAGUGCGUUGAAUGAGGAGUGGCGGUGAACGUUGCGGAACAAAAGUGGAAAUGGAGUUAAUGGCGGUUGUGACCACUAAUUAGGAAUACUUUUAUAUGUUUGCACAUUUGUGUUUGACGUCUUUACGAAUGACACAUCUACAAAGAAAGGGAACUGGCAGAAUGAUAUCGUUCAAAACGCAAACCUGAUAAAAAAAAUUCGCUACGAGACAUCUGUGUAUUUACAAAAAGCAAAGUCGAGACAGAUAACCAACAAUCGGCAAGUGCUCACAUACUACGAUGAGCUUCACCGAUGGUCGGUUAAAUGAUUGGAAAAUAAAAAUCCAUUCAGUUAGCGUAACAACAUAACAUUUCUGCACGCGCAACAGCUUCGACUUGUUCUCCCACAAUCUGCAUAUUAUUUUUCAUUUCAAUGAAAUAACUAUUGUUCUUCUUCAUGCGGUGCUCUUAGGCGACUUGGGAAUUACAGAUGUACUAAAAAAAUUGAGUAUUUUCCAGCGACUUGCAUAUGUUCCCUCUUGUCACGCUACAACAUCCACGUGUGUAAUAGAUAAGUGACACAUCUUCGCAACGAUAUCAGCGAAAUCCGGCAAGAACGUCAUGGUGCGCGCAGGAUAACACAUCUUACAAACUCAGAGGAACAAACAGUGACUUUGUGGUGCACCACGUGCGGAGCAUCAUACACCAGGACCGGAGAAGCUGUAUGGCACUCAAGAAUCAAGGUCUCCUACGGAAGACAGCUCAUACUUGUGAUCAUUUUUUGUAUAGGAACUAUUUUUACUCUUGUGCGAGCGGUUGACGAUGCGCGCUGCUCCGAAUAUAUCCGUCGUACUAUAUCUAGUGGGUACAUGCUGGCACUCACAUACUGAGUACAAACUGUACUCCAGAACUGCUCAUGGUUUACGAUCUAGUGUCUUAAAUUGUCGACGUUGAGCAUUUUUAUCUCUGCAGCAAUCCUGUCGGUCUGAUAAAGUGUCUGUUUGUGCGGGCGGUCGUUGACGAGGAGGAGCUCAAGUCACUGUUAUCUGCCUCUGAGUUCACUGCUUCUGUCUCUGCAUUUUGGAAUACGUCUUAAGCAAGUUUCACACGACCGUGUUACUCGUCCGUUUGCUUCCAAAACAGAACCUAUAGGGAGUCGAGCUCCGCAGCUUUCAUGGGUCCGUUUUGGAUCCGUUAAUAACACGGUCGAGGAAAACGUUCUUGUGAAACCCGCCUUACGCGAUAAAGAAUUCGGGCUUAACACCAAGGUAACAGGUAUAUGGAGUAGAUUUUCACUGCGGUUUGGGCUUAAUUCCAGUAGGCUAAGGUACACUUGCGAAAGUGACCGGUCAGGAAAGGGUACGUUUAGCGACAAAAUAACUUCUGCUAGACCAGGGCGACUGGGAAAAAAUAUAGUAACAAAGAAAAGUAAUAUAUUUCGACCGCCUAAUGGCAUUGCUCAUCGAAGAACACGUCCAGCGGAAAAUAUGUGCUUCCAUACGCCGUAUUUAUCUUGCAGUUUGUAGAGCGCAAGUUGUGCGUUCGAAAACCAUUCUUCACGACAUAGCGACUAAUUGAUCUAACUCGAACACUUGGCAAAAUAAUACACACGCACACAAAUCUGCGAUAAUACUAGAACCACUGGUAGACACAAUUGAAGUAUCGUUCAGUAAAUUGUGAAAUGAUGAUUACUCUAAAUUGCUUCGGUCUCUUUCACAAUAAACUGAGUUACCCAGUA